GCAGCGGCUUGGGCGGCAGACCGGCUGCGCGCAGGGGCUGAACCAGCAGAGUUGGACCUCCUCUAAGGCCGCCGGAGCGCAUCAAAUCGACGAGUGGGUCUCGGCGGUAAGCACGGCCGCUCUGCAGCGCCCGGAGGCCUCCACGAUGCCGUUCCUGCACGGCUUCCGGAGGAUCAUCUUCGAGUACCAGCCGCUGGUGGAUGCCAUUCUGGGCUCUUUAGGGAUCCAGGACCCCGAGCGGCAGGAGCCUCUGGACGGGCCCAGUUAUGUUGCCAAUGAGGAGAGCCGGCUCCUUGUCCUCACAGAGCUGUUGGAAAGAAAGGCCCACUCUCCAUUUUACCAGGAAGGUGUGAGCAAUGCCCUGCUCAAGAUGGCUGAGCUAGGGCUGACACGGGCAGCAGAUGUUCUUCUGCGGAGUGGGGCCAAUCUCAACUUUGAAGACCCCGUCACUUACUACACAGCUCUACAUAUCGCUGUCCUGCGGAACCAGCCGGACAUGGUGGAGCUGCUGGUGCGGCAUGGGGCUGACAUCAACCGGAGGGACCGUAUUCAUGAGAGCAGCCCCUUGGACUUGGCCAGCGAGGAGCCUGAGCGCCUGCCCUGCCUGCAGCGCCUCCUGGACCUUGGAGCUGAUGUCAAUGCAGCUGACAAACAUGGAAAGACUGCCCUGCUCCAUGCUUUGGCCAGCAGUGAUGGGGUGCAGAUCCACAACACCGAGAACAUCCGACUCUUACUGGAAGGAGGGGCAGAUGUCAAGGCUACCACCAAAGACGGGGACAAUGUGUUCACCUGCAUCAUCUUCUUGCUUGGUGAGACCGUGGGAGGGGAUAAAGAGGAAGCCCAAAUGAUCAACCGCUUCUGCUUCCAAGUAACACAGUUGCUGCUGGCUCAUGGGGCAGACCCCAGCGAAUGCCCAGCUCACGAAUCCCUCACCCAUAUUUGCCUCAAGAGCUUUAAGCUGCAUUUCCCUCUCCUGCGCUUCCUCUUGGAGUCUGGCGCUGCCUACAACUGUUCCCUCCAUGGUGCGUCCUGCUGGUCUGGCUUUCACAUCAUCUUUGAGAGGCUCUGUUCCCAUCCAGGCUGUGCUGAAGACGAGAGCCACGUGGACCUCCUGCGCAAAGCUGAGACUGUGCUGGAUCUCAUGGUGACCAACUCCCAGAAACUCCAGCUGCCUGAAAACUUCAACAUCCACCCUGUGGGAAGCCUGGCAGAAAAGAUCCAGGCCCUCCACUUCUCCUUGAGGCAGCUGGAGAGCUAUCCCCCACCCCUCAAGCACCUGUGCCGUGUCUCUAUCCGCCUCUACCUUCAGCCAUGGCCUGUGGAUGUGAAGGUCAAAGCUCUGCCUCUGCCUGACAGGCUGAAGUGGUACCUUCUCAGUGAGCACAGCGGCACCCUCGAGGAUGACAUCUGACAGGGCUACUAGACUAAAAGGAAUGAGGAUCUGGGCAGCUUAAGUCAACCUGUGAUGGAUUUGAGUACCUGUGAUGGUCUUGAGGGAGGGUCUUUUGAAGUGAGUAAAGGGCUGCAUCCUUAGAGCAUACCAGGUAGAGCUCAAGCUGUAAUCCUCCUGUGGUAAAAGGUGCGGCUCUGUGUCUUCCAGGGAAACUGCCCCUCUUUCUUCCCUCCAGCAGUAUCCCCCAAAUCUCAAACCACAUUGGAAAAAAGGACAGGGUUUAGAUUUUGGACCAGUUAUACCCUCUGAAUUUGAGGGAAGUGUCGAAAUCUGAGCAUCCCCAAGAGCUGCAGCAAUCUGCUGUCCUGCACAGAGGCUCAGCGGGAGCCAGAAUGAAGCCAGGGUGUAUCCUGUGGGUGCCACCCAGCAAGGUCCUAUUCCUGCCUCUUCAUUCCAGAUUCUGUCACUCAGAACAGAAGUGCUUUUGCUGAACUGGGGGAGAAGGCACCAUGGGCCCAUCUCCCUGUCUUGGAAGCUGAGCUGACCCCUGCUACCUUCUAGAGCUCAGGAGCCAGGUCACCUGUGGCCCUGCCUACCAGGCCUGUGCUCUAGUGGCAGCUCUCAUUGCACCAAGCCCAAGGUCCUGGGGACCAUGCCUUCUGCUAAAAAGCAAUCACAAGUGCACACCUAGGACAGCUCUUUCAGAAGUGUCUUGCUUUGUGAGGGGCUCAACCUGACCGAGCACACCACCAAGACAGAGCUGACCGCACUGCCCAGUGCAGAGGGCUCAUAAACUUGCGUCCAAGUCACACUGGCCAUUGUGGAUUGUGUUAAUGCCUUUGGGACGAAGCUGAAGUAAUUAAAUGAUAUAUUUAUAUCAUAAAACUGAACCAAUUCUCU